UUCUUUCUUCUUCUUUUUUUUUUUUUAAAGCAGCCAAAAAUCUUGAUAAAUAUUACAAGUUUCCUGCGAGUCCGAUCAAGACAACAUGGGGAAAAUAGGAGUCUGUUUGAAACGGAGUUUCAUUGUUGUGAUGAGUAUUGUUGUGAUCAUCAGCAUCCUGCUGCUUGCAUUCACCCUGUUUGCCCAUGGAUAUAUCUUCCAAGAAGAGCAGACAGAUGAAUCCCACAGAGUUUUAUAUAUCAUGUAUGGCAUUGGUUCCAUCACUUUGCUGUUGUCUGUCAUCGGUUUGUGUGGUGCCUGCACUGAGAAGACGUGGUUGCUGAUCGUGUUCACAGUCGGGAUGAUUCUGUUCAGUCUGGUCAUAUUUGUAUUAACGUUGCUUUCAGCCGCGGCACGGCCAAAGUUUGCUGAACAUAUAAAGCAGCAGUUCCAGAAUGUCAUGCCGCUGAGUAACGUUACUGGUCCUCUCAGAGAACAUCUCAACCAGAUGCAGGGGCAGUUCCAGUGCUGUGGGUUCGAUCAGGGCUAUCUGGACUGGGGCUACAACAUUUCAGAAUCCUGCCUGUGUCAUGAAAACUCCACUCAUCCCUGUGUGCCAGCCCCAAAAGACAGCCAACUGUUUGAGAAGAGGGUUGACGACCAGCCCGUCAUGAUUUAUGAAGAGUCGUGCGUUUCAUACGUGGUGGCACAUACCAUGUUUUUCAUGAAUAUUGGCAUCGCCGUGUGGAUGGGGAUCGCAUUCAUAAUGGUUUUAAUAUCCGUGAUGUCUAUCGUCAUGUUGCAUCAGCUGAGCAGAAAGGACGACGUCCCUCCUGUUGUCUACAGCAAAGAGGCAAAAGCAGGAAAAUACGACGCUCUCACAGACUACAUUUGAAUUCUUUUUUAUUGUUAUUUGCUUCUCAGAUCAUCACCAACCAACAGGUGG